CUCACUGUCAGCAGCAGCGCCAGAUACUCAGAGCAAAAAACUCUCUCCGUCUCUCACACUGAGAACACAAGUGCGGGGGUUUUUCCUGGCGAGAUUUUAACACCGAAACAGUGUUAUCAUCCGACACUUUUUGGACAAGUCACCACCGGUGGAGUUCAACUUCCCCCGUCGGACAAAGUUCAUGAAAAGUUUUCAAAAAUGGCGAAUGUUUUAAUUUUGACCUUCUGCCUGGUGUUGCUUGAAUGGGCAACAGGAGGGCAGACAUUUUCUGUUUCGGCUCAGGACAAUGGACGGAAAAGUGAGAUGGCAGUUCACGUUGUCCACAGUAAAACACUGGAAAGACAGCCCAGUGACAUCCUGAAGCGCUCCAAGAGGCGCUGGAGUCCCCCACCCUUCGACAUCAUAGAGAAUGACAAGGGACCUUUCCCAAAAAACAUUGAGACGAUUGUAUCGGACUCGCAAGCCCUGUAUAAAGUGUAUUACACCAUCAGUGGACCUGGUGUCAACCAGGUUCCAGUGGGAGUGUUCUCGCUUAACAGGGACACAGGGAUGUUGAUUAUGCACAAGGCAGUCGAUCGUGAGCAGUACCCAAAGUUUGUAUUAACAGUCAGAGUUUUUGAAAGGAACACAAAUAAGGAGACAGACUUGCCUUUGGACGUGGUGAUAAAUGUCGACGAUGAGAAUGACAACGCUCCAACAUUCCAAGGCUCACUCCAGUAUUCUGUGCCCGAGCAAAGCCCUCCAGGGACAGAGGUGGGGAAAGUGGAGGCCACAGACAGAGAUCUGGAAGGAAGCCUCCAUGUCAAGAUCAGGUAUACCCUACUGACAGGAUUAGACCUGUUUGCCAUCAACCCAGCCACAGGUGCCAUCACCACAGUAACUAACACCCUGGACCGAGAGACGAAAGACAAGUACCUGGUGACCGUACAAAUCAAAGAUAUGGAUGGUGCAAAUACUGGCCUGUUCAACACAGCAACAGCAACCAUUACUGUGGGGGACAUCAAUGACAACGCACCGACUUUCACAAAAACAUCUUAUGCAGCCACUGUCAAAGAAAACGAAAAAGACAAACUCAUCCUCCGAAUUCCCGUUGAAGAUAAGGAUUUGAUAAACACACCAAACUGGAUUACGAAAUUCAUCAUAUCUAAAGGAAAUGAAAAUGGGAAUUUCAGAAUCGACACUGACCGCGAAACAAACGAGGGGCUUCUGUAUGUGACAAAACCUUUAGAUUUUGAGCGGAACAAAAAUGUAAAGCUUGAGAUUACCGCACGUAAUGAAGCUGAGUUGAAAGGCACCACGGCCCAAUGGCUGACCAUCCCUGUGGAUGUGAAUGUACAAGACGAAGACGAGGGUCCUGCAUUCUCGGCUCCGACUGUCCGCUUCAAUAUCAAAGAGAACACACCAAACGGCACGCUGAUUGGAAAGUACAUAGCUACGGAUCCUGAGACCAAGAGCAGCGACGGCAUCAAGUAUUACAAGCUCACAGACCCAGGUGCCUGGGUCAAUGUCGACAGAAAUAACGGAGAGCUGAGGGUUGCAAACCAAAUUGACAGAGAGUCACAGUUGGUCAAGGAUGGACUGUACACCAUCAGCAUGAAGGCUGUUGAUGCCAGCUCCAAGACAGGAACAGGAACAGUCAUCCUUGUGGUGGAGGAUGACAACGACAACGUGCCAUUGAUCCCCACCAGCGAAUUGGUGGUGUGUGAGAAGGAAGGAGAGCUCGGCUCUGUGUUGGUUGUGGCUGAAGACAAGGACGAGAAUCCCUAUGGACCCCCCUUCAGCUUUGUUUUGAAAGAUCCUGACGGCAAAUGGUCUCUAACUAAAUAUAAUGACACGGCGGCCACGUUGCAGCACUUGAAAGAGCUUCCUACAGGGAUACACGAUGUUGCCAUGGAGGUUUCAGAUCUGCAGGGCAAUGGUAAAGUACAGACAGCCAAAGUGAGGAUCUGCCAGUGCAGGAAUGGAGCCUGUUUGGCCAAGCAACGCUCUGUGUCAUUAGGGCCACUGGGUAUACUGGCUUUGCUGUUGCCUCUGGCCCUCCUCCUACUGCUCGGCGCACUGCUUGCAUUUUUCUGCGCAACAAAGAGAGACAAGCUGGAAUUUGAAGAUGUGGGAGACAGCGGUGGAAUCCUGCUCAAAUCAAACACAGAGGCCCCAGGGGACGAAGUGGAUUCGAGUCUCAUCAAUGUUCCCACUAUGGGGGCUGACCCAGUAGUGAAGGGCUCCGUUAAGGGCUCCAUGGUGAAUGCAGGAUGGCUGGGGAACAAAAGCUCUAGCACAUUCGGAGCACAAGAGAACGGGAUGUAUGGGCAGUCCGGUGUUCACACAACCGAUACCAAGGAGUUCUAUUCUGGCCAGUAUGAAGGCCAGUAUGAAAGCCAGUACGGUACUCAGCAGUAUGGAGGCACUCUCCUGGGUAGCGGUGCGGCCUUUGACAGCAGAUACCUUGCUCAGGACUCAAGUUUCCUCCGCAACUGGCAAACAAAUGGCCGCUAUCUACACCAGAAGCUGGGCUAUUUUGGAACAGAGGAGGACGGGCGGUACGCCGACGACAUCGUCCACUCCUACGGGUAUGAGGGGGCGGGCUCCGCAGCCGGCUCUGUGGGAUGCUGCAGCGAGUUCGGCGACAACGAUAACCUCGACUUCCUAAACACGCUCGGACCGAAGUUCAAGACUCUGGGAGAGGUGUGCAGAAAGACAUGAACAAUGAAGCUCAGAAAUAAUGGUGUUUACUUUUCCACUGUACAGGAUGUAGAGAGGCCUAGGAUAUGAAUGCUUGGUAUGCCCCUGAACAUGAAUGAGAAACAGAACAAGCAGGUGGCGCAUGUGUGUGUGUGUGCUCUGCUGUAAGUUUUUGUUGUUGUUUUUUUUUUUUUUUUUUUGCUGCUUUUUGGUAAAAGUCUUUUGCACUGAAAACUACGCAGAUGCAGUCUGUUGUAAGUACUUUGUUCUGUGUGUUCUGUGUUGUUUGCCUUCAGAGUCUUGGAUUCCCAUCCACCCCCAUUCAUUAGCUAUACCUGCUUCUCCUUGUAGAGGGUCGGGGGGGCUGGUUUAGCCGGUUUAUGAUGAUAGUUGUAUUUAUAUAUAGGCAGUGAGGGGCUGCGGGCUUUCUAUCUACUGUAUGAUAACAACUUUGGGUAUUCUGGUGUCUACUGUGUUGAUAGUAAAUGAUACGAUUUUGCAGUUGUGUGGCUGAGUUUAAAUUGCUUGCUAAAUUUUAUAGUUUUGAUAUAUUUUGUAAAGAAAAAUAAAACAAAUCUAAAUGAAAUAAAACAUUAAAACCGCCUUUUUUAAUAUUUCACAUGAACAUGCUCCAUUUCGAAUUACUGUAAAACAAAAACGUUGAUUGUCUUUGACCAGUUUUUCAAACAAUACCGUUGACAAGGCAUAGUUUAAACCCUUUGUGUCACCGAGGCUGUUGCGACAUACUGACAGUAAUCCUGGGAAAGUCAGCACAAGGGCGUGGAUGUGAUGAGCGAGGUGUUACCUGCCACUGCCUACAACUGUCUGAACACAAGACUGACCAGACACAAGAGGAGACAAAUGUUCUUGAACCUGCUAAUCAAAGGAAACCUUGACGUUCCUGUACAGUAUGUGCACAUUAAGGUGUUGAAGUUGUAAUUUUCCAUUAAAGAAUGUCUUGGUGAACUUG